ACUGGUUGCUGCUUGCUAUCAACCCGAUAAGGGAAGUCGUGUAUUAUCUGAAUUCGGUAAAGGGUGAAUGGACCAAUUAUCCGGCCAUGAAGGAAAUCGUUGAUUUAUCAAUACAAGUAUUCCGUAGUCAACGGGACGCACAGGUAUCCCGGACUAAAUCAAACAACAUCACCUGGAUCGAAGUGCAGUGUCCGAUACAGCGUAACAGUUCAGACUGCGGAUACUUUGUAUUGAGGUUUAUGAAAGAAAUCAUUCAGGCGAAUCAAUUAGAGAUUCCUCCCACGUACCUUGACGAAUUCCGUGCUGCUGGGUACUCGAAGCUAAAGUUAGAAGAAAUCAAAGAGGAAUUGUGUCAAUUUUAUAUUAAGCAAUUUUUCAUGCAGAUUUGAACUAUAAUAUUGUUGAUUUUGUAAUGAUGUAUAUAUAUAAUUUUGUAAUGAUGUAUAUAUAUAAUUUUGGAUA